UUUUUCUUAUCUGCAGUUUGCAGACUUUUGCGUAAAACACUCUUGUUGAAAAAUCCAACUAGGAUUUUUGAUUCACAUUCAAAAGCCUUUCGCCGUGUUGUGAAAUUUAAACUAUUUAGUUUUAUUACCAAAACUAAAAUCCACCGAGCUUAUUUACUCUGCCUUACCGGUUUGCAGAUGCAGUGUAUUUUUAACUUUCAACCAAGAAACAUUUAAACAAAAAUAAAGUUGUCCUAUCCAAUAAAAAUAAAUAAAAAUAAGAACGAAUUCAUUGAUAAAAUAAUGGAUACGUCAAAACACACUGCCACCUCGCAUCCAAAUAUUAAGUACAAUAUCAACAACAUUGAGUACGAUUGUACCAAAAAAUGCCGAUCACAGUUCCAUGGUCAAGAAAUUACAGCCGCUCUUACGAAAAGGGCUGUGGAAGACGACAAACUUGCCGCAUUUAUUGCCAGGAAAUGUUGCAACUUCUGCGACAUCACAGAUCCUCUGGGCCGAUCAGCGGUUCAUAUGGCGGCUUCAGUGGAUCGUUAUGUAAUUCUCGAGUGGCUUUUGAAUCAGGGGGCUAUAAUCAAUAGCAGAGAUGCUGAAUCUGGGAGUAGUGCCCUGCAUAGAUCCAUCUACUAUGGCUGUAUUGAUUGUGCUGUGCUUCUGCUUCGCUAUGGAGCCAGCAUCGAGCUCCUCGAUGAGGACACACGAAGUCCACUUCAAAACUGCUGCAGGCUUUGUGAUUUUUCAGACUACUUGGAUGUUUCCGCUGAGAAAACAGAGCUCCUAGUUUGGGGAUCGAAUAAGAAUUACAAUCUUGGCAUUGGUAACGAAGAAGGGGCAUCAACACCCCAGUUCAUUGACUUCUUUCGAAAGGAACAAAAGUCCAUCGAAUUGAUCUCACUCAGCGCUUAUCACAGUUUGUUUGUUGACAAGAAAGGACAACUGUACGCUGUGGGACACGGAAAAGGAGGUCGAUUAGGAAAUGGAACCGAAAACAGUUUACCAAUUCCAAAGAAAGUCAAAGUGCCCAUAAAGAAUGCCGGAGAGAAGAUUAUUUGCAUUAGUACCUCGAAGAAACAUUCACUUAUUCUAACCAACAGAAGCGCCGUUUUUGCUUGUGGUUUGAAUGAGGAUAUGCAACUUGGAGUUCGUGAUUGUCCAGAAAAACUAACUGCAUUUAAAGAAGUUGUCACUUUAAGAGAUUUCGGAGUGGAAAACUUGAGCAGAGUUAUUGCCAGAGAUACUUACUCGUUGGCAUAUUCUAAGAACAUGCUUUGGGUGUGGGGUGCAAAUUGUGGACAAUUUGGUUGGAGUAGUAAUAAUGAAGCUCGAUUCUCAGUACCAAAACAGAUUUCGUUACCUGAAAGGACGGAGUUGAAAUUUGUUGAAGCAAAUAACUUUGCCAUUUCGUGCUAUACAACUGCCAAGACGAUUUUAUUAUUUUACAACUAUAAAAUGAAGAGCAUCAAACCACCACAAAUAGAAGCAAUUAAGAGCAUAUCAGUGGUUGGUGGAGGCAAUUCAAGAUCGUCAAAAGGUUCAGUGUCAGCCCUUAAACUUCUGAUGCUAACAGAAACAAAUGUUGUUUUCAUUUGGUAUGAAAUGUCUCAACAAUACCUCAGAUGUAUGUUUUCACAUAUCCGUGUAAGCGAGAUCGAUAAGAUCUUCUUCAAAGCCAAUCAGGUGUUGAUUUUAUCGCAAGGCGAUGUCUACACCGGCAAAUGCCAUCAAGUUCCAGUACAAAAUUACCAAGAGAGCAGUGCCGAUGCUUGGUUCACCGACGGACAAUCGCGCAAAGAUAUUUGCAAUGAUCAAAAGAUUCGAAUUGAACUGUCGCGAAUAGCUCAAUUGGAUCGGGCUGUGGAUGUAUUCUGUGAUGAUGAUUUUACCUCAUUUGCUGUGCUCCAAGAAAGCUAUGCAAAUUAUUUCGUUCUACCAAAACUCAUAGACGAGGAAUAUAGUUUCAAGAAACUCCUAAACGAUUCGAGUGAAUUUGACAAUAUCCAUGACUUGGUGUUUUAUGUGGACGGAGAGAAUUUCUAUGCGCAUAAAUUUAUAGUCUUUUCAAGAUCAGCAGGAUUGCGAGAGAUUGUUGAGGCCUACUCUGAUAAGAAAAUCCAUUUGAACUUUGAAAGACUAUCGGCGAAAAUGUUUGAGUUGAUCUUGAAAAAUAUCUACACAAACUAUUUUAUAACUGAAGAUGAUCUCGAUGAUAUACAGCAGUCAUUAGGUCGGGAUUGUCCUCCUGAGCGAGAUCAAAUCUUGGCAUUGUUUGUGAGUUUUGUUGAAAAAUUCCAACUUAACAGUUUAGCGAACUUUAUCAAAAGUCACGCCAGUCAUCUCCCUCGAUCGAUAGACAGAUCCAAGUAUCGAUUUAGUGCCCUGAAACGCGGUGAUUUUCCAAAACUCUACGAUGUCACUAUUCGAUGUGCUGGGGAUGUUGAAAUUCAUGCUCAUAAAUGCAUUUUGGUCUCGAGACUGGAGUACUUUGAUCUGAUGUUCACACACACCUGGUCAGAGACAACCACCGUUAAUUUGACAACAGUACCACCGGAGUACAUGACACCAAUCAUAGAUUUCCUCUACACCUUGAACGGAGACAGUUUUCGAAAGCAAAACCAUUCGGAAACGUUUCUCUACAAUAUGGUUGUGUAUUGUGAUCAGUUUUUCAUCGAUCAUCUGCGGAAAGUUUGUGAGGUUUUGUUGCUGGAAAAGAUCAACAUUCGAAAGUGUGGGGAGAUGUUGGAUUUUGCAUGUCUUUACAAUUGUAAUGUCUUAAAAACUGGUUGUUUAAAUUUUAUCUGUCAAAAUUUGUACCGAGUUCUAUCGCAAAGAAGUUUAGAAUCAUGCGAGCCAGAAGCCUUGAAUUUCAUUAACGCACAUUACCGUCAAAUGUUUAAGGAAGUAUUCGAUUAUCGCAUGAUAACUCCUGACUCAGAGGCUGUUAGUGAUGAGAUUUUGUUAAGUUUUGUUGAUGAUUUCGAGGUUGAUUUGGACUACAGAAUGGAAGAAGGUGACACUAUCAAAACUCAGACAAAACUUAAACAGAAAGAGAAUAAAUUUUGGAGAAGUACACGACAACAUGAACAAGAUGCUAUCAAUUCAAUGAAAGAAAUGAGUUUACAAGAUUCAAGAAAAGACAGUGUGUCUGAGAAGUCAAAGGUCAUCCAAGAAGCAGAUGAGGUUUCGGCGAAAAUACACGAUGAGUACAAAUCAUGGCUGAAAGUGGCCGACAAAAGAGAUGUCAAAAAGAAGACAGUGGUUCCUGUUGCGGCAGCGGCGGUGAAUGCGAAUGAAGUUCUUAAAGUGGAACCAAAACCCAGAGAAGCUCUAGUUGCUCUCAGUCCACGUGUUGAGAAAGUAAUUCCCGAAGAAGAAACUACUCCCACAAAGGAGUUCAAUAUCAAUUUAGCUGAAUUCACGCCAAUACGAGCGGACAAACUUUCUCAGAAACAGAGAAAACGACUUUCGUCAGACACAACAAUGCCUCUAACACCUUCAAAACCUGUUGAAGUACCCCAAGCUCGACCCAAUGCAUGGGGUAUCAGUAGUCCACCAGAUUUAGACUCAUCAUCAUUUAUGAAUUCGCCUUCAAGUUUAACAAAAGAAUCUCCAACCAAACCGGCGACGACGACGUCGGGGCCAUCACCAUCUACAAGUCGUACAAGUUUUAGUAAAAUUCUUGAGGACGAGAAAAAGCAACGUGAAUAUAUUGAUAGAAUGCGCAACAAGUCGUUAGUUUUGACGCAAAUAGAAGAGACUGCAAUAACUGAGUUGAGACAUUUUUAUAAUGUCGACAAUGCCGCUGAUGAGAUUAUAACAAUUGAACGUAAGAAAAGACCAGUGACUAUGAAUUUUGCAAUAUGGCAAAGAAAUUAAUUAUUCUUAUUUAUUUAUAACAAAAAAAAAUAUUUUUUAUAGUUUUUUCUAUAUUUAUAGACAUGAUAUUUUGAUUUAUUUUGACAAAAACAAAAAUUAAUUUAAGAACAAAAGUAAAUAAAGGAUUUUAGGCAAUUUUACCAAACAUACAUUUAUAUUGUAUGUGCUGACAUUAAA